UAAUGUCUUUAACAUUAAUUAUAUUAUUUCUUCUACUAUUGCAAUUACAACCGUGUUAUUUUCGAAUAGAAACGCAACAUGAACAAUUGUUAGAGGCAAAAAACCAUAAUCAACCCCCAAACAAAAUAUCACAAGAAAAUAAGCAUUUAUUUGGAAAGGAAGAGAAAGCUCUUAUUCCCCAUGAAAAACCUAAACCGAAUGAAAAUUUAAAAAAUUCUGACAACAAAAUUAAAUCAGAAAUUAAAGUAAAGGAUGCUGGGGAAAAUAAUCCUCAACCAAAAUUACACAAAAUUUUUCUUGAAUGCGCAAUUAAGGAGAGAAUAAAACCUGGCCAGAAAGCAUCUGUCCUUCAAACAGUACAUUCAUAUGCUAGAAUGAAAUAUAUUAAUAAUGCUCUGUUUUUUGGUUUAUCAGACGAUGUAUUUAUUGGGAGCAAAUCAUUAAUUAGCAAAUGUGCCGAGGAUAAAGAUGCAAAUAUAAAAAUUUAUGCAAAACAUAUUGUUGAAACAAGGUGCAAAUUAAAAGACGAAGGAGUUACAGAAUUUAAAGUUACUGAAGAUUUUAAAUUAAAUUUAAAAAAGAAUUCUGAAGGAAAAUGUGUAAGGAGUCAUUUAGUUAAUCAUAAAACUGCGCACCAUUUUGAACAGUGA